AUGGAUUGCAGGAAUACUUCCGACAUUAAAAAAGCAGCCGAGAAGAUCUUAUCCAAGCUAUCUAAAAAGGAAGUUCAAGUUAUUGAAGACUAUUUUUCGAUUUUAUAUAGCAAUAAAAGAUCAAGAGUGCAAUUUAGCGCUGAAGAAGACAGCAAGUUGCGUGAGCUUGUCAAGUUACAUGGAUGCAAAGAUUGGAAGAUAAUCUCCGAAAAUAUGGAGAACAGAUCACCUCGCCAAUGCAGAGAUAGAUGGUUCCAUUAUUUAAGUUCAGAGGUUAAUAAUAGGCCAUUUACAGAAGAUGAAGAUAACCUACUCAGAAAUUUAUUUUCCCAAUUUGGAAGUAAAUGGGUAAUAAUGACCCACUACUUUGUUAACAGAUCUGAUACAAACUUGAAAAAUCGCUGGAUUGCUUUAUUAAGAAAGGAAGCUAAAACCAAAAAUUCAACAAGUAUAUCAGAAUCUCCAGUCCAGGUAUCUCCUGAGGAGUUUCCGAUAUCGGAUGAUUUUGGCUCUUUCUUGUUUUGA